CUGACUUCCCGAGCGGCAGCUGUUCUUCCAACACCAUCAUGAGGUCCGUCAUGACACUCCUCUCCCUUGUGGGUCUUGCAAGCACCACUGUGGCCUUCGUUCUUCAAGACUACUACAACGGUACCGGGGACAAAGUUCUCAAGACGUUUACGGUUCGCAACGAGGUCUCCAAGAAGUCCUCCCCCGUGCUACUGACCUUCCGAAUGCCGAAUGUUGUUGGUCGCAAGAUCUCACAUGGAAUGAACAAGUUUGCUGGCGAGACAGGGGAAAGAGAAACUUCGUCCGCUGAUGAACUCUCUCAUAGAAUGAACAAGUCUGGUAGUAAGAUCCAGAAAAGAGAAAAUUCCUCCGUUCAUGAGAUCUCGGAACGAGAAUUACCCUCCACUAAUGAGAUCUCGGGAAGAGAAUUACCCUCCGCUGAAGAGAUCUUGAGAGAAGCUCCCUCCGCUGAUUAUUUAGACAAACCACACCCACGUCUGCUGAUGAAACCUACAAAAAAGGGUGACUAAGUCUGUUCCUGAGAUCUCAGAUAGAGAGAGAGAAAUUCUAUCUGCUAAUUAAUUUUUGGAAAGAAUAAACUUAACUAUGCUCACAUAA